GAUUGACCGACGGGAUGGCGACGUUGGGAUUCUAGACUUCAGAGGCAACAAACCUGGAAGACACAAAGUAAGCGGGCGAACCCAAGGCUGCGCUGCAGUAGCAGUUUCUGGCGACAAUGGCCUUGAGGAAAGUAAGGCGUCCAAUUUUAGGUCGUGGAUGCUCUCAGCUCUCCUCCACGGUGCUCCACCUCGGCUCAUCAUCCAGCAGCUAAGCAGUGAUCACCAUGAGUCCAUGGCCGCGUGUGGUGCAUGGGCGGGAUUUGCGUUGUUGUAAGGCAAACAGGACGGAGUAAGCAUCAAAUUUAGCCUCGGUCUUCAUAUGCCGUCGGCCACAACUAUAAGACGACGCGGACGGCCUUCACAACUGCUGCUCCUGACUCUGCCACUCAACAGCACGAUUACAAGCUCACCAUCCGGCCCAACAUCUUCCCAGUCCAACCAGCGGUUCUCAAAAAAAAAACACACUUUUAUUUUUUCGCCACCAUGCUUCUCUCCAGCCUCGCCUUGACCCUGGCCGCCGCCGUCUCCGCAGUCGCCGCCUACCCGAUCUCGGGCGACGACGUCAACUGCCGGUCGGGCCCGGGCACCAGCUACAAGGUCAUCAAGACGUACAAGAAGGGCACCGACGUCAAGCUCAGCUGCCAGGCCUACGGCGAGAGCAUCAACGGCAACACGCUGUGGGACAAGACGCAGGACAACUGCUACGUGGCCGACUACUACGUCAAGACAGGCUCCAACGGGCUGGUCACCAAGGAGUGCGCCGUCAAGAUCGGCGACGGCUCGGCCUACCAGGGCAAGAUCAACCGCACUGAGAUCCUGGCGCGCGCCAACUACUGGAUCGCCCGCAAAGUGCCCUACUCGAUGAGCGCUUACUACCCGGACCCGCAGGGCCGCAAGUACCGCACCGACUGCUCGGGUUUUGUGUCCAUGGCGCUGCACGCCUACGCGCCCGGGUACAACACCGUGUCGCUGCCCGAGGUGGCCAAGUCGAUCAAGUGGAGCGAGCUCAAGCCCGGCGACUUUGUCGGCACCCUGGGCGCCGGCACGGGCGGCGCCGCGGGGCAUGUCACGCUCUUCAAGUCGUGGGCCGACAAGGACAAGAAGAACUACAACACGCUCGAGUGCAUGGGCAGCCGCGGCUGUGUGGCCAACAAGCGCCCGGUUGGAUGGAAGGUUGGCAGCUUCACGGCCAAGCCGUACCGCUAUGAGAAGGUCAUCGACUGAGGGGGCCGGAAGAAGUCGAGGUUGCGGGCGGAUCUUUGUAUAUAAUGGGGACUCGGGGUUGGCGAGAUGGUAGAGUUUGGUUUGGGUUCGAUGGACUUCAUUUCUGAUGCUUUUCUCUAAAAAGAGGUUGUGGUUAUUUCUUUCGCCCGAAAGGACUCGCGGUCCAGUACAUUCACUUCAAAUAGCUCGUACAUACAGUUUCAUUGAUAAACUCUUCACUGCCUUUCCGCUCGCAUGUUGCCUGGCUUUCAAGUCUGCUCCCUUGCCUGCCC